AUGGCAACCCUAGUUGAGAUCGUGUUCAUUGGCACAGGAACAUCGGCAGGUGUACCAAAUAUUAACUGUUUGACACACCCUAAAACCAUAUGUACUGUUUGUCGUUCAGCCAUCACGGCUGAAGGCAGGAAGAACAUGCGAAAAAAUACGGCCAUGGUGGUUCGAUUCAAACGCAAUGGCGAUAAACCUACAGAUAGAGUGAGAAACGUACUGAUAGACUGCGGCAAGACAUUUUAUGGAAGUGCAAUCGAGAUAUUUUCUCGUUACGGUAUCCGAGAGCUGGAUGGUGUUAUAUUGACUCAUGGUCAUGCAGACGCAAUGAACGGAAUAGACGAUCUUCGUCAGUGGACACUUCAUGGAGCCAUACAAAAAAACAUUGACAUUUAUCUCUCGCCAGAGACUAUGGAAACAGUUGCAUCUACAUUUCCUUAUCUUGUGGACAGUAUACAUGCCACAGGUGGAGGAGAUGUUGCUACUUUUAAGUAUAAUAUUUUUGAUCCCAAGAAAACAUUUAGUAUUUCAGGACUUGAAUUUACACCACUCAAAGUACAUCAUGGAAUCUACUUUACUACUGGUCAACCCUACCUUUGUUAUGGAUUCCAUUUCGGAGGUGUGAGUUACAUAUCGGAUACGAAUUUUAUUCCUCCAGAGACAAUGGAUCAAAUUAAGGGAAAGACUCGUGUCUUUAUUGUCGAUUGUUUGAGAGAGAAAGUGACCCAUGCUUCCCAUUUUGCGCUCCACGAUUCUAUCGACGCAGCCAGAGAAGUUAAAGCUCUAAAGACCUAUCUUGUUGGAUUCGCACAUCGUUUAGACCACUAUAAAAUGGUCGAGGACCUUUCCAAAUUGGCAAUUAUUGAAAAAAUGCAUAUUGGACCUGCUUUUGACGGCCUGAGGGUGGACUUACAAGAUAAAGCGACCAUCACGGAAUCAUCUUAUAUUGACCAACACCCCACAGUAAUAUAUCCCCUUGUCACAGAGAAACAAUAA